AAACCUUUCCCAAUCAGAAAAUAAUUUUUCAAAUUGGAACAAAAUUAAAAAUAACUUUCGCUUCUGUAUAGGCCCUAUAUGUUUACUCACAAAAUUUGAUUGCAAACCAACGUGCAGAUCCCAAGUUAUGGGGUCGUUCAGCAAAAAGGUUAAGAGGCCUGGGACAAGCAAACAAGUGUUAUUUUGGCAAAAAGUUAUGUUAAUUUAUGCAUUAACAAAGUUUGAAUGCACAUCUCUUAUCAGGUCUAAAAUUGCUGAUGACAAAAAAGUCAAAAUUUGCUAUUACUUAAAUAUGACAUCAUAAUUUAUGCAGCAUAAUUAAAUUUAAAAAAAUCCUUUAGAUGCGAAUGUCUAUAGUAUAAGUCUAACAUCAUUUUAUACCUCAGGUUUCCCUGUGUAUAGCCCUAAUAUUUAUUGUUUUCUUCUCCUGUUUGUCCCUAAAGGUAUUACAACUCAAAUCACAAGGAUUUUUGAGAAUUGCAAAGAUGUUUGUGCUAUUAUCAUACAUGCAGAGAUAAACUUAAACAAAGAACUAUAUAUUUCAAAUGUCAACAUUAGAGACAUAUUUGUGUAGUACUUAGUUACUUUACAAAUUAUUGUUUGUUUAAAGAAACCUUAGUUUCUUUUUGUUGAUAUAUAUAGUAUUUUAAAGUUAUAUUUAGUGUAGAAGUUUUUCCUGACUUUGUUUAAUCUCAUCAGCAAGUUUUUGAAAAGUGGAAAGUAAACUUAAGUAUAUAUAGCAGUUUCAAGUAGAGUCAAUAUGGGAUUAGCACUUUGUUCAAAUAAAAGACAAGUAGCAACAAUGGAAAAACUGAGACCAAUUGUUCUCUCUGGUCCAAGUGGAUGUGGUAAAUCCACUAUCAUUAAAAAAUUAAUGACUGAAUACCCUUCCAGAUUUGGAUUCAGUGUAUCACAUACUACGAGAAAACCAAGACCAGGCGAAAUCGAUGGAAAAGACUAUCACUACACCACUGUAGAAAAGAUGACUAAGCAAAUUGAAAAUGGGGAAUUUUUAGAGCAUGCUGUGUUUAGUAGUAAUAAAUACGGCACCAGUAAAAAGGCUGUGCAAGAUGUUUUGAAUAAUGGUAGAAUAUGUAUAAUGGAUAUCGAUUCUCAGGGUGUAAAAAAUAUCAAAAGUCUAAAUUUUGAUUGUCUACUCGUAUUUGUCAAACCACCUACAAUUGAAGAAUUGGAGAGAAGGUUAAGGGGGCGUGGUACAGAGACAGAAGAAGCAAUUCAAAAGAGGCUAGCGUCAUCAAAACAAGAAUUCGAAUAUGCCAGCAAACCUGGUAUAUAUAACUAUACGCUAGUAAAUGAUGACUUGGAGAGAGCUUAUCAGGAAUUGAAAGAUAUCAUCAACAGUGAGAUAACGCAACUGUAGUAGUACAGACAACACUAAAGAUUGAAUUAGCGAGCCAGUGUAACUACAGCAUUAUGUUUUGUCCCUUGCACAAGCUGGUUACUGUCACCGUUUAAGUUGACUCGCUCACUGCUGUAUUAGAGCACGAAGUUAUUAUUUAUUUUAGGAGGGUUUUCUACCACGAACGUUUAUUUAAUUAGUUAGCAUUUUUGUAAUUCAAUAUUUCCAAAAUUUAUUGUCGUUAAAAUUGCACCUUUCCAUUUUUUAGAAUAACAAACAAUAUAAUUUCAUCCUAUUUAUUCUUCGUCAAAAUAAAAGGUUUCUUUAACUUUCGCGAUUCGAUGCUCUUAGUAAAUUUUGCGAUUAUUAGCGGGAGUUAUACCUUAGAACGUAUUAUUUUAUUUUCAAAACAUAAAACGGAAUCAGAAUUAAACCAUUCUCGUAAUCUUUUCAAGGGAUUGUAUAAUUUGUCUUUUGAAUUACGGGAGGUAGUUGAUUUUUUUUCGACAUAAAAUUAGUGUUUACUAAAAUUUUAUCGUGUAGCUUUGUGCUUUUAAUCUGCAAAGUUGAACGAGCAUACUGUUUGUUUGACUUUGUUCUAUAAAAUAUUUUUGAUUUGGUUCUGCAAAAUCUUUAUCCUUUUGUUACUGUUUUUUAAAAGCAAAAAAGUGAUCAACAAAAGAGCUUGGAAUGUGAUCAACAAAAGAGCUUGGAAAAUAAUCAAGUUGAGUGCGUUCUAGUAAAGUUAGAAGAUGUAAUUAAAGUAACAUUCCAAUAUGUCGUUCUCAAACCCAUACAUAGUUUUUUUAUGAAAUUUUUCGGUGUGGAGAAUUUUAAUUUUAUAUUUUAUUAGUUCUACUCAUUUAAAAUUUAUUAUGCAGAUUAAUUCGGGUGGGGUGAUUUUAAGUAUUUUGAUUGGCAAAUGACGAUUUGCGCCGGUUAAAAAAUAGAAUUGCUUUUCACUUUUUAACAACAGUUCCUGUCAGCCAAUCAAAGUCUUCGCUCUGCACGGAAUAUUCCGCCUAGUUGCAGUUUCUGUUGGAAUGGAAUAAUAGUUUUAUUUAUAACUAGUUGUUUUAUCACGUUAAGAAAAAGAGUGUCUAAA